AUGGCCCAACCCCCAAGCAAGCGUCGUCGUGUCGAUGCAGCCGCCACUCUAUCCAAACCAUUCAAGUCGCCAAUGCGCAGGCCGGUCCCAACCGCAGCCACAUCACCAGCUACACCCGUCGCGGCCAAGACCUUCAAUGACACCCCAACACUAGCUUCGAGAUUAUCGAUCUCCGAUACACCUACCAACCCACCUUCUACAGAGAAUAGACAAUCUACCAUCCGUCCGCUCUCAACUCCGACCCGCUUCCGUAGUUCCGACCCGGACAUUCUCGCUCUCCAAAAACAACAACGCGUCAUUCAAUCGCGAAUAGCCUCCCUCCGCACGAACCUCGAUACUGCAGCUCAAGCCCUUCAACUCGAAUCCUCAACCAAGGAUACUGAACUCGAAGGUUUGAUUGUCAAAUGGCGGCGAAUUAGCCAGGACGCGGCGGAUGAGGCCUUCGUCGGUGCUCAGGCGCGGGUUAAUAAAAUGGGGGGUAUGAAGGCUUGGAAGAGGCAUUCCAAGCGGGAUGCGACGCGAUGGGAAGAAGACGAGGAGACACGGGAGAUUGAACAUGUUGACGAGGAAGAAGAGGAGUAUCGUAAUCUGGGCGGCUUGUCGGAGAUGUUGGAAGGAAGGAAGAUUAUUGAGCGAGGCACGGAGAGCGAUGAGGAAUUCUGUAUGGGAUAUAUGCUCCAGACUUUGAAUAUUGACCCUAAACUGAUUGGGUAUGAUGUGGUGGCUCAGCGAUGGAUCAAGGAUUGA